AUGGAUAAGACAUUUGAUUACAACCAAAUAGAUGUUGAUGAUGUGGACGACUUUGAUGAUUUUUAUGAUUUUUACCCUCAUAAUGAAAAAAAAAAAAUAAAUAGAAUAAGUAAAAGCUAUUUUUCUGAUGACUAUUAUGAUUAUGAUAUGAAAGAUGCCGGUGAGAACAGUACAAUACAUAAGGAAGGGGUCGGAAGAAGUAAAAGGGAAAUGAAGAAUAAGGAUCAACAUAGUCAGAAUAAGGACAAUACGAAUAUUAAAUCAGUGAAUUGUUCAUAUACGGGUUCUGUGGAAAAAAAGCAAGAGAAGAAUGAAGAUGAUAAGGUGUGUGUGAGAAUAGACGACCGAAGAGAAAUUAGACACAAGGGGGAUGAAAAGAAGGAGGAAGGAGAGGAGGAGGUAGAAGUAGAUGAAGUAGAAGUAGAUGAAAUAGAAGUAGAUGAAAUAGAAGUAGAUGAAAUAGAAGUAGAUGAAAUAGAAGUAGAUGAAAUAGAAGUAGAUGAAAUAGAAGUAGAUGAAACAGAAGUAGAAGAAGUGGAAGAAGAGGGAAAAGGGAAAACCGUAGGGAUGGAUGUAAGGCAGAAUGUAAGGAAAAAUGAUCAGCGCCGUAAUGCAAAAGUAAUAGAUGAACUUGGUGGUAAUGAGCAAGACGGAAUUUCUAAAAAGAAGAAAAAGAAUCAUAAUAAUCAAAAACAUGAGCAUACGAAUUCAUUUCACGUGCAAAAUAGUAUAGAACACUUAUAUGAUGUUAGCAAUUAUGAUGACAACUUAUCCAGCGGAUGCUUGGAAUACCCCAGGGAGGAUUAUGAUUUGGAAAAUAAGAAAAAGAAGAGGUACGAGGAAAGGGAUAAUGUCUGGAGUAGUGACAGUAAUAGCAAUGGGAAUAUCAGCAAUAAUGAGUACAUCCGUAAUGGUAGUAACAGAAACGGGAAUAGCAAUAAUAAUAGCAGCACUAAUAGCUACAGUCGUAUCGGUAGUAAUUAUGCAGAAAGAAGAAACACGAACGAGCGCAGCAAGCAUAGUAACAAUAACAGUGUUAGUAAUAGAUCUAGGCUUAAAAAAAAAGAAGAGAAAUUAAAAUAUUAUAGAUGCCGUUAUUGUGAAAUUGAUUCUAUUGAUAGUGUUGUUCAGUGCAAUACAUGUGAUCGAUGGUUUUGUAAUGGGUCCUAUGGUACCUGUGGUAGUCAUAUUGUUACUCACUUAGUUCGAUCAAAACAUAAAGAAAUUAAAUUACAUAAGAAUAGUCUACUAGGUGAAACUAUUUUAGAAUGUUAUAAUUGUGGAUGUAGAAAUGUGUUCUUGUUAGGAUUUCUGCCGACAUCGGAGGAAGGGGUUGUCGUAAUUAUCUGUAGGGACCCCUGUUUGGCUAGAUUUCUUUCGUUGUAUGGUAGAAGUAAUGCAAGGGGAAAUGAGGAUGAUCAUGCAAAAGAGCAUGCAAAAGAGUAUGCAAAGGAGUAUGCAAAGGAGUAUGCAAAGGAGUAUGCAAAGGAGCAUGCAAAAGAGUAUGCAAAGGAGCACGUAAAGGAGUAUGUAAAUGAUAGUGAAUCAACUAUAAAGAAAGGGGAUAUUGGGAAAAAACAAGAAUUACAUAACAAUGAGAAAGGUGUUAAAUAUAAGAAAGAGCAACAAGAUACCGAUGACCAUGACGAUAACGUGAGAAGAGCGAAGAACGACGUAGAUAUAACAACAGGGAAGAACUACAUAAUUAGUAGCGAUGAAUUUUCGUUUAGUGAAGAUAACUGGAGUGAGUUGGAGGGGAAAAACAGCAUGAACUAUGACAGUUAUUUCUGUUAUGAUAAAAGGAAAAAGAGAGAAAGGAAGAAUAAAAUUGGCAAAACUGAUGAGAAGAAUGUUACUAGUGAUGAAGUCAAACACGAAAGGAGAAAAAGGGACAAAGUGGAAGGGGAAGGACAAAGAAAUGCAGAAAGGGGUGUGCAAAAAAGCGGACACGCUAAUAAGCAUGAUGUGUGGGAACCUGAUCAGAAUGGUAGUAUCAGUGAAGGUAGCCAUGAUAGUGACAAUGGUAGUAUCAAUGGUAGUAUCAGUGGUAGUAUCAAUGGUAGUGCCAAUGGUAGUAUCAAUGGUAGUGCCAGUGGUAGUAUCAAUGGUAGUGACAAUGGUAGUGGCGGAAUGGGCGAAUUAGCCGAGUUGGGAAAGAUGAAGGAAUGGAAUUUAAAAAAAUGGCAACCACUAAUUGAAGAUAGGUGUUUUUUAGAUUGGCUAGUUAGUAUUCCAUCUGUUGAGGAGGCAGAGAAGAAAGGAAAGAAGUUAGCUACUUCAUAUAAUGUAAACAAAUUAGAGGAAUUAUGGAAGAACAAAAAGGAUGUUUAUAUAGAUGAAUUAGAUUCAGAAAUAUUAAAUGAUGAACCUGUAAAGGUAGCACUAAAAUAUGAUGAUGUACAUCACUAUCAGUCUAUUUUUGCACCAUUAAUUAAGUUAGAAGCUGAUUAUGAUAAAUCAAUUAAAGAAGGGCAAAAACAAGGGAAUGUAACAAUUCGUUGGGAUAUCGGAUUAAAUAAAAAAAGAUAUGCUCAUUUUAUAUAUGUGAAGGAAGAAAGUGAACUAAGAUUAGUAGCAGGAGAUGAGUUGAAAUUGUCUUACACAUAUCCAAAUGGAAAAGUAUGGUCAUGUGAAGGUCAUAUAUCAAGAUUACAUAAUACUGAAGAAAUAGCAUUGGAGUUACGAAUUUUAGGAACAGCUGAUGGUCCAUGGGUUGACAAUAUAACUACUGGAUUUUCUGUUGAAUUUGUAUGGAAAAGUACAGCAUAUGAUCGUAUGUUAUUAGCUUUAAAUGAAUUUGCUUAUAAUUCGUAUUCACUUAGUGGUUAUUUAUAUCAUAAACUGUUAGGUCAUGAUAUAUCUGAUGAAUCUUUGGAAUAUUAUAAAAACGAUUUAGUAUAUAAUAAUAGUAAUAGUAAUUAUCAUAAUAGUAAUAGUAAUUAUCAUAAUAGUAAUAGUAAUUAUCAUAAUAGUAAUAAUCAUAAUAGUAAUAAUCAUAAUAGUAAUAAUCAUAAUAGCAAUAGUAAUUACAACAUGCAUGAUGGAAAGAGAAGGGGAGGAUUACCUAUUGUAAAUUACUCAGCGCCAAAUUUAGCUCCUCUUAAUCAUUCCCAAAUAGAUGCAAUAAAAAAAAGUUUGGUGUCCCCUUUGUCAUUAAUUCAAGGUCCACCAGGAACAGGUAAAACAUUAACGUGUGCUACUUUGGUAUAUCAUUUAUCUACUAUGAGAAAGGGUGGAAAGGUAUUAGUGACAGCUCCGAGUAACGUUGCUGUUGAUCAGUUAUCAGUACGAAUUCAUAGAACAGGUUUAAAGGUUGUUAGAUUGUGUGCUAAAAGUAGAGAAUCCGUUCCAAGUAUUGCUGACUAUUUAUAUUUACAUAAUCAAAUGAAACUUUUAAAAAGUGAUAUAGGUGAAGAAUUAAAUAAAUUAUUAGAAUUAAAAGAAGAAGUAGGUGAGUUAUCGCAAAAAGAUGAAAGAAGAUUAAAAAAAUUAAUUUUUUAUGCUGAACAGGAAAUCUUAAUAGAAGCAGAUGUAAUUUGUUCUACAUGCGUUGGUGCAAUGGAUAAAAGAUUAAAGAAAUUUCGAUUUAGUCAAGUAUUAGUAGAUGAAGCUACACAGUCAACAGAACCAGAAUGUUUAGUUCCUUUAGUAACAGGUGCAAAACAAAUAGUACUUGUUGGUGAUCAUUGUCAGUUGGGUCCUAUUAUUGUUUGUAAGAAAGCUGCAAAUGCAGGAUUAGGAAAAAGUUUAUUUGAACGAUUGGUUAUGUUAGGUAUUACUCCAUUUAGAUUAGAAGUACAAUAUCGUAUGCAUCCAGCUUUAAGUGAAUUUCCUUCUUAUGUCUUUUAUGAUGGUUGCUUACAAAAUGGAAUAACAUUAAAAGAGAGGGAAUAUCCAUUAAAAAAUUUCCCAUGGCCUAAUCCCAAAUGUCCAAUGUUUUUUUAUAAUACAGCAGGACUAGAAGAGAUGUCUGCAUCUGGUACUAGUUAUCUGAAUAGAAGUGAAGCAUCAAAUAUGGAAAAAUUAGUACGUACAUUAUUACAGUGUGGUUUGAAAGCGAAUCAAAUAGGUGUUAUUACACCAUAUGAAGGACAAAGAGCAUAUAUUACAUCUUUGUUACAAAAAAAUUUACCAUUCCAACAUGCAUCAGAUAUAGAAGUAGCUUCUGUUGAUGCUUUUCAAGGAAGAGAAAAAGAUUUUAUUCUUUUAUCAUGUGUUCGUUCUAAUAAAAAAUUAGGAAUCGGUUUCUUGAAUGAUCCUAGAAGAUUAAACGUUGCUUUAACAAGAGCAAAAUAUGGAUUAAUCAUUUGUGGUAAUGCAAAAGUUUUGUCAAGACAACAUUAUAUAACUAAGGAGAAAAUUAAUUCUAAUGAAACUAUUACAAAUGUAAAUUCUGUAUGGAUUAAUUUAUUGACACAAUUUAAGAAAAAGGAUCUAAUAGUAGAAGGAUGCUUAUCUAAUUUGAAACUAGUCACUAUUAAUAUUCCAACACCUGUGAAACAGCCAUCCAGAUAUAUUAAUUUUAAUUAUUUUGAAGGAUAUGAAAGGGCUGACAAGGGUAGAGCGUUAGGUUCUACUUCAUUUAGAAGAAUAACAAGUGCCGGUUAUGUGGACAACAUAUACGGGAAUAGCAGAAUUACUAAUUACAAUUAUACCAGUGGUAAUUAUGAUAGAAACAAUGACAAGUUCAAUUAUAAUAGUGGUAAGAACAGGAAGAAGUUUAACAGUAAUAUCAGUAGCACUUCGACAAACCAUAACAAUAAUAUAUCUUAUAUUAAUAUGAAUAUGUCCAAUCACAGCUACUGCAAUGACUCUGUUAUGAACAAGGACUUCUUUAGCUUCAUGAACCAUCAUCCCGGAAGCAAACAUGGUUUAAACUCCUACAUUAACAAUAUGAGUCAAUUAUCACAGCUUAAUGAUUAUUCUGUCGAUAAUAGGAAUUUGUUACUGUCAGAAGGUGGGAAGCUUCACGACGCAUCCUUUUCGUCUAACGAAAAAUAUAACAGCAGCGUGAAAAACUGCAGAAGUAACUGCGGCUCUAUCUGCGACAGUAGUAUCGGUAACAAUCCUUCUAAUUCCAAUUUUUUGUAUUACAACAAUAAUUUGACAGAAGACAAGAAUAUGUCAAACAACUCGGUAGAUUUAAAUUGCAAAGAAGGUUAUUACAACUUAAAUUCAAAAAAUUGCGAUAUAUUUCCUCAAUUAUUUUAUUAUAAAAACAAUCAGAGUGAUAAUUUCCAUCCUUCUUACCAAUAUGCCAAUGAGACUAAUGAAAACCGUAGUCUGACAUUAGCACCCAAAAAAUUUAAGAAUAAAAAUGUUAUGUCGAGUUCCGAACAUCCAAAUAUGUUGCUGCAGGAUGGUUCCGUGCUUGUAGGAGAUUUCAAGUUAAGCGGCGAUCCAACGCAAGAUGUGUGA